AUGUCUAAAGGUAUCAAGCAUUUGGUGUCGAUCUCCGACCUUACCACUCCCGAGUUCACCUCUCUGGUGAACCGUGCCGCACACCACAAGAAAAUAUUCAAAUCUGGCCAGCCAGUGAGCUCUGAGAUUAGCGAUGCCCUGAAAGGCAAGCUGGUCGCAAUGCUGUUCUCCAAGAGAUCCACCAGAACCAGAAUCUCGACCGAAGGUGCUGCAGUGUAUUUCGGCGGACAUCCAAUGUUUUUGGGCAAGGACGACAUCCAGCUUGGUGUGAACGAGUCUUUCUACGACACCACCCGUAUUGUGUCCUCGAUGACCUCCUGUAUCUUUGCGAGAGUGAAUUCGCACUCUGAGAUCCAGCAACUGUGCGAGCAUUCCAGCGUGCCGAUCAUCAAUUCGCUGUGCGACACCUACCAUCCGCUGCAGGCCAUUUGCGAUAUCUUGACAAUCAAGGAGGCCUUUGGCGAGACGAAAGGUCUGAAGCUUGCGUGGGUCGGCGACGCCAACAACGUCAUCAACGACCUGGCUAUUGCUGCGCUGAGAUCUGGAAUCCACGUUUCUGUUGCUGUUCCUCGCGGGAUUGAGAUGAACCCGACCAUCGUGGACGUCGCCAAGACGGUCUCGCAGGAGACCGGAGCCUCUUUCGAGGUGACAAAUGAUCCAAAGAGCGCCUGCACCGACGCCAACAUCAUCGUGACAGACACCUUUGUGUCCAUGGGCGAGGAGGCGCAAAAACAGAUAAAAUUACAGCAGUUCUCCGGCUUCCAGGUGAAUUCGGAGCUGACGAAGCUGGCUGCUCCUAACUGGAAGUUCAUGCACUGUCUUCCUCGUCACCAGGAAGAGGUCACUGACGAAGUCUUUUACAGUAACAACUCGAUUGUUUUCGAGGAGGGUGAAAACAGAUUAUAUGCUGCGAUGGCUGCGAUCGAGGCAUUUGUUAUCAAGAAGGAGCUGGCAUAA